AUGGUGACCGGCAUAUCCCACGCGAGCCUGCAGGCGAACGCGUCCAUCCCGUCCAAUUUCAGUAUCUACAACCCCGAUUUCCUGCAUAUCCUCGGUUCGGCGCCGAAACUGGAGCUUCUCCUCGAGAACGAUGAAUACCCCUUCGCCCACGAGGCGAGCGUGUACAUCCCAAGCACGGACUCGCUGUUCAUGUCGAGUAAUAUCUUCAUCGACCCGGUUACCAACCAAUCCACCAUCAAGGUGACCAAAGUCAAUGUGAGCGCAUACCCCGUCACAGCUGAAAUCAUCAAUACGACAAUCCCUAUGCCCAAUGGCGGUGUCAACAAUGGCAACGGGAUCCUCUGGGCUGGCCAAGGGACCCUCAACGAAACGGGCGGGUUAUUCCAAAUGUCCACGACUGCCCCGUACAAGUCCGAGUUGAUCAUCGGGAACUACUACGGGCGCGAGUUCAAUUCCAUCAAUGAUGUGGUUGUGGCUCGGGACGGCGCGUACUGGUUUACCGAUCCCAUUUAUGCGUCGAAGCAGGGUAUUCGUCCGAAGCCGCAGUUGCCGAAUCAGGUGUAUCGGUAUGAUCCGGCGACGAAGGAUGUACGGGUCGUUGCUGAUGGGUUUGGUCGGCCUAAUGGUAUUUCGUUUUCGCCGGAUCAGAAGACUGUGUAUAUCAGUGAUACGGCGGAGACUGUUGGUGAUGGGACUACUGAUCCGUUGUUGCCUGCGACUAUUUAUGCAUUCGACGUGACAAUUAUCCACGGACAACCAUUCCUAACUAACCGGCGCGUCUUCGCAAUGCCGGGCGAUGGAAUCCCGGACGGAAUCAAGGUCGACCAGAACGGCAAUGUCUACGCAGGCUGCAAGGAUGGCGUGAAUGUCUGGUCAGCUGGAGGUGUGCUACUGGGCAAGAUCCUGAUCAAGGAUGGGACGUCGAACUUUUCCUUCGGACGCAACGGGCGCAUGUUUAUUCUGAAUGAGAAUAAGCUAUUUGCGGCGCAAUUGAACCGUACAGUGCGUGGGACGCUAUUCUAG